GAUCAGAAAGCGACAGUUCGAAUCGUCGUCUGAUUCAUUCCAAAGUGGCAGAAUUUGCCAAUGCUGAUACGGAAACGUCAACAAAAUUGACGAUUAAAUGGAUUAGGACACUCGCAAUCAAAUAUGCAUUUCGUGUUUGAAUAGCUAACCUAUUUGAACAUGAAGUUGGUUCAUAAAGACAUCGAGAAGGAUAAUGCCGGUCAGGUGACACUAAUACCUGAUGAGGCAGAGGAUAUGUGGCACACCUACAACCUGCUGCAGGUGGGCGACAGCCUCAGAGCCUCAACCAUCAGGAAAGUGCAGACGGAGUCCUCCACGGGGAGUGUGGGAAGUUCACGUGUGCGUACCACCCUGACUUUAUGUGUGGAGACGAUAGACUUUGAUUCCCAGGCCUGUCAGCUCAGAGUCAAAGGAACAAACAUCCAGGAGAACCAGUAUGUGAAGAUGGGUGCCUAUCAUACCAUUGAGCUGGAGCUCAACAGGAAGUUCACUCUCGCCAAAAAAGUCUGGGACAGUGUGGUUCUCGACAGAAUUGAACAGGCAUGUGACCCCGCUCAAAAAGCAGAUGUGGCUGCAGUCGUGAUGCAGGAAGGUCUGGCCAAUUUGGUUCUCGUAACACCAGCCAUGACCUUACUCAGGGCGAAGGUUGAGGUCACCAUUCCCCGCAAGAGGAAAGGCAGCUGUGCUCAACAUGACAAGGCGUUAGAUCGAUUUUAUGAGGCUGUCAUGCAGGGCAUUCUGAGACACUUCAAUUUUGAUGUGGUGAAGUGUAUUCUGGUGGCCAGUCCAGGCUUUGUGAAAGAUCAGUUCAUCUCAUAUCUCUUUAAAGAGGCAGUAAGACAAGACUGCAAAAUUCUUCUGGAGAACAGAUCUAAAUUCAUGAUGGUGCACUCCUCAUCCGGACACAAGUAUUCUCUCAAAGAAGUGCUGUGUGAUCCAGCAGUCACGGCUCGAUUGUCUGACACCAAGGCUGCUGGAGAGGUAAAGGCUUUGGAAGACUUCUACAAGAUGCUUCAACAGGAGCCUGAUCGAGCUUUCUAUGGAUUGGCUCAUGUGGAAAGAGCGAGUGAGGCUUUAGCCAUCGACAUCCUGUUGAUCAGUGACAAACUAUUCAGACAUCAAGACAUAGCCACCCGCAGCCGGUAUGUUCGGCUUGUAGAUGCUGUAAAGGAAAAUGGAGGAACUGUCAGAAUGUUCUCAAGCCUGCAUGUAUCUGGUGAACAGUUGAAUCAGCUGAGUGGAGUGGCGGCCCUCCUGAGGUUCCCCAUCGCUGACGUGUCUGAACCUGAGGACAGCAGCUCUGAUGAAGACUAACAUUAUGGUCUUGUGUGAAAGGUUGGGAAUGCUUCACAUUUAGGACUAAAUGGAAUAAGAAUCCAUAAUGGCCUUAAUAAAGGAUUUAAAAGCAGUUGAAGUUUUACAAAAACCUUGAUAAUUUUGAUUAUUUAUGACUGAUGCAAUUACAAAAUAAUCUACUCAAUCCACAUUUGUUUUCUAUGAAUACUACUCAGAAUAACACCAUUCGUGCCAUUUUUUGAAUGUCAUUUUCAACAGUUAAUGGAGUAAAUUCAGAAAGUGGUUUGCUUAAAGGACAAAUUCGGUAUUUUACAAUUAAAGCCCUGUUUUAAGAUCGUUUACGUAGACCUAUUUUUCCGAACGCCUCACAACAACCAUACAUUCUUCCGUUGAGUGCUUGAAUAAUAAAUAAUAGACUCUCCAGCCCAGUUGGUGGUGAUAAUGCACCUUUGCCAAUUGCAAGCAAACCACUUGUAUAGUGUAGCCUACAAUACCGCAACUGCAUAAGACUACAGAAAGAAUACAAACAACCCCAUUUCCGUUUCCGGCGGCGGAGUAAUACCGUACAUCACAGAACAUACGAUACAAGUCAAUGGAGUUGUACAAAACCUACGAUAAAACCUGUUGAAAAAAGCAUCUUGAACCAAAAAGGGGGAGGGGUUGCUACUACAGAAACUGAAAAUUAAUUAAUUGUAAAAUUCUGAACUUGUCCUUUAAUAGACCAAUUCUUUGUCAGCAUUGCAGUUUGUCACACUGAAGUAAUGGCAAACAUACUCAUAUAGUCACACUAAGUAGUUUAUCCAUUUACACUAUUACACACAUUUUAGUCUCAAUAGCAAUGCAAAUGCAACUCACCUAGCCAUGCAGUUGCCAUUUCCAGUUAAUAUGUAGCUUAGAUUUAUUGUAACUUAUUUUUUCGUUGACGAUGACUCAUGUCUUCCACAUCACUGUCUUAUAAUUCUGUUCACAAUACACGUCUCACACUGACAGAAUUUGUGGUGUAACAGGCCAACAGCUCUUCUUGUAAAACCCAAAGAAUACUUACAAUUUUUAUGAAUACCGUAGAGUAUGUUUCAGGGUCACCAAUUCACAAUUAAAUAAUUUGUAGAAUAGAUUAUAUUUCAAUACCAGAGUUUCAAUCACCAAAUACAUUUGGUCUAAUAUGUCAGGCAAACCUUUAACCUGCAGGAAAAAAAAAAAAAAAAACACCCCAUGUCAUCAGUUUAAAAGUCCAAUUUUGCAGGAAAAGCGCAGACUUGGCAACCCUGGUGUGUGUAUACUGCACAUGAGGUAAAUCUUUUGAUUAGCAUUAGUAGUAAGAGAGCUUACUGUAUGCGAGCAGCAGCAGCAUACACUCAACCUUCACGUGAUUUAUUUUUUAUUUUUGUUGCACUAGUUAGUCGGUCCUAGUGUUAAUUUUGACACAAGUGUUAAAAUAUGUCUGUUUACAAUUUUUGUUUCCAUGACAGUUGUUGAUGAAUCAAGACGAGAUUAAAAUAUAGUUAAAAAAAAUGUAUCUUUACCAAAACCUCUCCCUAUAUUCUUCAAUGAAAAUAAAAAGAAAAAUGUUUUUCUUUUUAUCAAGCCUCCAUGAGCUUUAAUGUUUAGGGGUUGCCAGAUGUCAAGUUCAAAUCUCCCAAAACAGAGCUUUUCUUUUUUUAUGGAUACAUUUUCUGUCCUGUGUUUUACUUAAUCUUCAUAACCUGGAAACCAUGAUUGCAGAUGAUCUGAAAACACAGACACGCAUAAGUUGGAGUCUAAAGAUCUCCAUUGAUAUAUUCUGCUCAAAUAAAAGUGUUUUGUUAAAAUAUUUUGACAAACAUUCUCAGUGAUGAACUGUAAUAAAUUCAAACAUGGAUCACCAGUGUGAUUGCAGAAUAAAUGCACUUAUGCGUCCUC